UUUAUGAAACUUCCGGCCGAAGGAAAAUGGGCCGAGUAAUUCGUUCACAGAGAAAGGGCCCUGGCUCUGUUUUCAAGGCCCACACUAAAAACAGGAAAGGAAAAGCAGCCUUGAGACCUGUUGACUUUGCUGAACGUCAUGGAUACAUCAAAGGUGUUAUCCGCGAUAUAAUCCAUGACCCUGGUCGUGGUGCCCCCCUGGCCAAGGUUCAGUUCCGUGACCCUUACAGGUACCGUAUGCGCAAUGAGACAUUCAUUGCUGCUGAAGGCAUGCACACCGGACAGUUCAUUUACUGUGGGAAGAAAGCUGCUCUGCAGAUUGGAAACAUCCUUCCUGUGGGUGUGAUGCCCGAGGGAACCAUUGUCUGCUGCAUUGAGGAGAAGACUGGUGACCGCGGCAAGAUGGCCCGUACAUCUGGCAACUACGCCACUGUCAUUUCUCACAACCCAGACACAAGGAAGACCAGAGUGAAGCUGCCUUCUGGCACCAAGAAAGUCAUGCCCUCUGCCAACCGUGCCAUGAUUGGCAUCGUUGCUGGUGGUGGACGUAUUGACAAGCCAAUGUUGAAGGCUGGACGUGCUUAUCACAAGUACAAGGCAAAGAGGAACUGCUGGCCUAAAGUCAGAGGUGUUGCUAUGAACCCAGUUGAGCAUCCUCACGGUGGUGGUAACCAUCAACAUAUUGGUAAGGCCUCCACUGUCAGGAGAGAUACCUCCGCAGGAAGAAAGGUUGGUCUUAUUGCUGCCCGUCGUACCGGCAGACUCAGAGGUACCAAGCAGAUCGCCAAGGACAAAGAAUAAGAACUGCGUUAUCAGGUUGCUGUCAAAUAAAACACAUAAAUUCCA